AUGUUGGACAAAAUUGUUCUAUUCGGUUGUGUUGGUUUGAUAUUGAGUUAUCCAAAUUAUUUUGAGACGAAGAAGUUUCGCGUUGGCAUCGAAUAUGACAAGUCGUUGCCCAUGGACGGUGGUGCAGAUCGCUACCGUCACAGAAAUAACUACGACCCGUUCUUCGUCACAGUCACCACGGAAGCGAGGAAUGGAUUCGUAAUCACUUUCUUAGACGUCACGGCGACCAUUGACGCACCUGGCGAGGUGACCUUCAAUAUGGUGAAGGGUCAGACGGGCUCCAAGACGAUGGUGUUCCAACUCGUGUCUAACCACACAGAUUUCCUAUCGUACCACUACCUGGCAUACGGUAUGAGGGAAGCCGAUUAUAAAAAGCUGGCCAACAUUAUAACGCUACCAUUUACUAAUGAUGCACAGAAAUUACUACAAAAUUAUACGACGACAUUUCUGAACAGAAAAAUAUUGACCUUGCGACCAAAUUUAUACGUACAAUCUUUGCUCAAGGCAGUGUUUGAUGAAGUCCUGGCCCCCAAACUAUCAUGA